AUGCCGAAGAAAUUCUCUGGUGAAAACACGAAAGCAGUGGCAGCAAGAGCUCGUAGAGAAGCUGUGAAGAAAGAAGAAGCGGAGAGAAAGAAGAAAGCCGAAGAAGAUGCAUAUUGGCAAGAUGAUGAUAAGAACGUUACUCGUAAGCAGCGAAAGGAAGAAGCAGAACGCAAACGUAUGGAAACCUUACAGAGGAAGCAUGAAAAUCGGGCAGCACAUGAUGAAGAAAUGAAAACACUAUCGAGGAAAACAGUCGGGUCAUCUAAGAUCACACAAGCAACAAUUGAAGCUAAUAAGCGUGCUGAAGAAGAACGAAAACGUGAAGGAGAAAGAGAACGCUUACUGAAAGAACAACGUAUAGAAGCCAAUGAAGGUGAAAUUGAAGAAAAUGUUAACCAGCUGGAGGUGGAAGGUAAAACUGCUCGCAGUGUCGCGGAAGCAAUUAAUAUAUUGUCUCUAGGCAAGCCAGCUAUCGAUAGGCACCCUGAAAAGAGAGUAAAAGCCGCCUAUCAGGAAUUUGAAGAUAAAAUGUUACCGCGUCUGAGAGAAGAAUAUCCUACAUAUCGCCUUUCACAGCUGAAGCAAGUUUUAAAGAAACAGUGGCAGAAAUCUCCUGAAAAUCCUCUAAAUCAAAGAAUUUUGGAAAUCAUUCAGUAA